AUGACCCUGCGGCGGCGGCGGCGGCGGCGGCUCCGGCCGAAGGACGAUGCGGUACCGGCGGCGGCCCCGGAGAGCCCCGGGCCCGCCGAGCUGUACCGAGCGCUGGCGGCGGCCGGCGGGACCCUGCCCCGUGUGCGCAAGGACACUGGGUUCAAGUGGGCAUCGCCCAGCCAGUCCCCGGAGGAGCACAGGAAGGUGGUGACGCUGCAGAAGAAGGCAGAGGAGUCCUUUGGCUUCGAGAUCCAGACCUACGGGCUGCACCACCAGGACAGCAACAGCGUGGAGAUGUUCACCUUCGUGUGCCGCGUGCACGGCGGGAGCCCGGCCGAGGCCGCGGGGCUCAAGGCUGGGGACACCAUCACGGGCGUCAACGGGCUCAACGUGGAGGGAAUCCGGCACCGGGAGAUCGUGGAGAUCAUCAAGAGCUCAGGGAAUGUUCUCCGGCUCGACACUCUCUAUGGCACAUCCAUCAGGAGGGCUGAGCUGGAGGCACGGCUGCAGUACCUGAAGCAAACCCUCUACGAGAAAUGGGGCGAGUUUCGCUCGCUGAUGGUGCAGGAGCAGCGGCUGGUGCGGGGCGUGGUGGCCAAGGACCCCAGCAUCUACGACACGCUCGAGUCCAUCCGCUGGUGCCUGCAGGGGGAGGCAUUGCCGGGGGGCUCCUCCCGAGCCAGCGGCAGCGACGAUUCCCUGUACCAGACCUGCGUCUUCGCCUCCUCCAGCUCCCUGAACGGCGACAAUGAUGGUGACAAGGACAAGGAUGAGGACAUCGGGGGUCCCGCGCCCCCUCCCCCGCGCCCCCGGCCCGCUCUGGGUCGCAGCUCCAGCCUCAGGUGUCCGGGAGCACCGGCGGCUGCGGGGAAGUUUUGGGCCCGGGCCGGGGAUCCCGGGGACGGAGCCGCCGCCGCCGCCUCCCGCAAGAACCGGCACAGCAGCUUCCGCCAGCGGCUGCUCAAGUUCAUCCCGGGGCUCAACCGGGCGCUGGAGGAGGAGGAGAGUCACCUCUAAGCCUCCCCAGGACUAUUUAUUUAUUUAUUGCGAGGGGCUUCAUUCGCUCUGCCCACCCCCCAAUCCCUGGGGGCUGCACGGAGCAGGUUUGGGGAUCGUGAUGCUGAGGGACGGACGCAGCAGCAAGGGACAGACAGACGUGAGGACACUCCUGGAGCGGCUCACGGAGCUCUGGGGAGGGGGAGCACCGGGGGAGCCCCGAAUUGCCCAGGCUGGGGGGGCCCUGGGGGUCUCACCCUGCUCUGCUGUUGUACCUCGCUAAUACAGAGAGGAUUUGCAGCGAUGCGUGGCUGUGAGUGAGGGGGGACAGAGCCCCAAUUCUGUCCCUUUGGGGUGACGCACUGAUGUCACCUCGGACGUGACUGAGCUGCCGGGGUCCCCCCGUGUCCCCCCCGGUGCCUUCGGCCACGUCCCGGCGCUGCGGGGCCCCGGCCCGGCCCUUCCUGCCCCGUUUCCUGCGGCAGCCGGCGGGAAGCGCGUCCCACCCCGAGCCCUUCCUCCGGCAGGGGACGCGGUGCCCGCGCAGGACGGGCACUGGGGACCCCCCAAAACUGCCUCGGUGUCCCCCAGAGCCGCUGAGGGAGUUGGGGGGACACAAAGCGCCCCCAGAGCCGCUGAAGGAGUUGGGGGGCACAAAGCGCCCCCAGAGCCGCUGAACGAGUCGGGGGUCACAAAGCACCCCCAGAGCCGCUGAAGGAGUUGGGGGGCACAAAGCACCCCCAGAGCUGCGGGACUGCUACAACAUUGGCGUGUGCACAGAUGGAGCACCGAGAGCCCCCCAACCCUCUGCUGUGCCUCAGUUUCCCCUCUGUUUGUGCCUCAGUUUCCCCUUUGCUGUGCCUCAGUUUCCCCUUUGCUGUGCCUCAGUUUCCCCUCUGACUGCGCUGUUUGGGGACCCCAACUCUCCCUGUCCCCCCCCCCAGGGGACCCUGUGGAGAUCUGGGGGUGCCAACUGCAGGUUUCUGUGCGUUCCAUGGAGGCAGAUGGGGGGCUCAGCCGGCCCCCCCACACUCCCCUGCCUUGUCCCCGUUCCAGGACAGCUCCGUGCUGGACAUUUAUGGUCCGGUUCCCGCAGCCCCGGCUGCUCUCGGCGUCCCUCCCGCGUGCUGCCGGCCCCGGAGCAUCCCGUUCCUGCCAGAGCCACCACGGGACCCCCCCUUGGUGGCAGCUGCCACCCCACGCUCAGCUUUUUAUAGCCGCGACCUGGGGCUGCGUGUGCCCGGAGAGGGGCAGGUGGCCGUGGGACAGCUGGAGUCACGCGUGGCACCGCCUGGGCACGGCCGGGGCACCGGGCACGCCCCGGAGCAGCCUGUCAUUACCGAUAAAUAUAGAGCGGGGGCACGGAGCCAGCCGUGGGCACCGGGCGGGCACGGGCACCCUGGUGUGACCAUCGUGUCCCCACCGGGUGUCGGGGGGGAUGCCCGGGUCCCCCCGCGCCCCCGUGGCCUUGCGGGGCUCGUUGGGCUCGGGUUUCCUCCCCCGACGCCGCCGCGGCCUCUCCCGGGGUACAGCUAAUCCCGGCAUGCGGGGGCCGCCGCUGUCACCGUCCGGUAA